UUCAUAUAGAACGCAAUCUGGGUUAGUCGGAGACGGAGAGAAAAACGCCGACGAUCGGAGAUGGCGCGAAGAAUAGCGAUCCACUUGUUCGCGCUCACACUUACUAUCGUGCUCUCCCUUCUCGUUCAUCCUUGUUUCUCCAUAUACUGUGACGAAGAUGACUGUUACGAUCUCCUUGGGGUUACUCAAAAUGCCAAUUCUUCUGAAAUCAAGAAAGCUUAUUACAAGCUCUCUCUAAAACAUCAUCCAGAUAAAAACCCUGAUCCAGAAUCAAAGAAGCUUUUUGUGAAAAUUGCAAAUGCGUAUGAGAUUUUGAAAAACGAAGCCACAAGGGAGCAGUAUGAUUAUGCACUUGCCCAUCCAGAGGAGUUUUUCUACAAUACAGCACGGUAUUACCAUGCUUACUAUGGUCACAAAACUGAUACCCGUGCUGUGCUCGCUGGUCUUCUUUUGAUAGUCUCAAUAUUUCAGUAUCUGAAUCAGUGGACAAGAUAUAAUCAGGCUAUUGACAUGGUCAAGAAAACACCAGCUUAUAAAAACAAGCUACGUGCUUUGGAGCUUCAACGCACUGGAGGAAUGGCUAAUAGGAAGAAGGGCAACAAGCCGAUGGACAAGAAGGUGGAAGAAGAACUUGGCAAGGAACUCAACUUGGACAUAAAGGGCACUGAAAAGCCUGCUGUUUGGGAUCUAAUUGGAAUCCGUUUUAUACUUCUUCCUUACACUCUGGGAAAGCUGUUAUUGUGGUAUGGAUGUUGGUUCUGGAGGUACAAUGUCAAGCGUGCUCCAUACUCAUGGGAAGAUGCCUCCUAUUUGACACGAAGGUCCCUUCGGGCUUCUCUUGAUUCAUGGAUAUCUAUUGACGAAUCAACCAAGGAAGAUCUUAUUGAAAGACGGCUUUGGGAGAAGUCCAACUUUGAAAGCUAUGUGGCAGAGAUGCGUAAGGAAUCAAAGCGCCGAAGAUAAAAGUUCUUUUAUUUUUACUCAAAGCUAUGUGUAGUAUGAGAUCAGUUUUGAUGGGGGAGUAUUCUGAGUCAUGAAGCCGAAAGUCUAAUGUUAAAUUAUUGAAGAGAGCUAAAUUAUUUUGACAAGGAGAGCUAUUGGAUUGAUAAGUAUGUCAUAGAACUUGGAUUUUCAAGGUCAGUGUCAUAGCUAUAUUAGUACUCAAAAUAAUAAGUAUACAAAACACAUAUUAAGACAGGUACAAGCAUACUGCAUUUGGAGCAAUUUUGGGGGACAAGCUUCUUCUGAUGAGUGCUGCUCCCCACGGUGAUUUUGCUGUUGUAAUGCUAGGUUAGAAUGUGUCGAAGCAUCUAUAUGUUGUGAAAAGACAGGAAUUCCGUUCCAUAUAAUGAACUUCAUACUUGGCUA